AUGAUAACGCUAGCUUCUACUUCGCAAGUGUUCGAUGAUGAAUUUAAUGUAAAUGAUAUUUUAAGAACAGAUUUAAUGCCAACGUAUUUCAUAGUUGAUGAAGAAAAUAAAACCAACAUGAGUAAAUCUGUGAUGAAUAAUAGAAUGCUUACAUCAAAUGGUUCGAUAGAUGCAGCACUCUCUACGUUGGAUUUUCACAGAAAAAUGAUGAACGAAUACCAAUGUCGAAACUACAUCGCGGAGCAAAUACUUGACGAUAUGGGUAAAAACGUAUUGCAGAAUCGCGUCGGAAGACCGUUCACAAAUAAUAUUUUUAGUACAAAUGUACUUACUCGACGUUCUCAAGAUAUAAGGAAUAAUUUUUUGUAUGAUGCGGGCUCAUCGAAUUAUCACGAAUGGUUGGCUAAGGUGAUGGCACUUAAUGACGUCUAUCGACAUCACAAUGUGUCUGUAACUCCUUAUUUGAACAAUACCUACCAAAGCGACACUUCUCAUCGUUCGCUACCUCGGCAAGGCUAUGACGUUGUUGAGGCUACUGACCCCUCUCUGGGAGACACAGAGGAGUUUACGUACGACGUUUCCAAGCACAGCGGUGGAUAUGAAUACUCGAUGCCACCUCCACCACCCUCAUUGUACCAUCACCCAACAUCACACGUACACGAAAUACAUGAGGAAUAUGCGGUGGAGAAAGACGGCCACGGACUUGGUUUGACAGAUCUCUUCGAAAUAUCCCUAACAGGGAUAGCUUUCUUAUCCUUUGGCGUGUUUGUAUUGCAAGUCCUAACUUAUAUCACAAUCAAUCAUCCGCAACCACAAUUAAUGCAAGUAGUCGACAACACAGAUACAGUUAACGUGGAUGACGUAUUUCGCACAAAAAGAGAAUCAGUUUCACCAAAGCCACAAGUGUCGGCCCUUAAUGACUUAGCCAGACAUGCUCUUAUGGCCAUCAAACCUCAAACUACUUUGUGCAUGUAUCGUACAUUGUGCAUGGGUAAUAAACAUGCAAGGAACAUGCAAGGCUCCAAAAGAUAUUGGUUGCCGUUGUGGCAUGCAGGCGUGGCUUGGAUUCGCGGCGGCGCUCUUGGUGCCCUACGAGCCUCGAUCCUCGGACUCGGUGGUGCAGACUGCGACGCCUUUUAUCCUAAGGAAAACUGCAAAAAACUUUAAAAAGAGGCGUCUGUCAACUACGACAAGCAACUGGAGUUUACUACCGUGAUAAUUAAAAAUUAUAACGUUUCAUUAAAUGAACCAAAUUAUGUAUUAAUGACA